UAGGGAAUCAUAUUCAUAUAUGAAGAAUUUGAGUCGAAGAAAGGGAAGAGAGAUCGAAUAGAAGUGAUCAAAUAGUAACGCCGUUUCAGUCAACGCACCACUUUUUGCUUCACUCAUUUUCUCCCCAAAUCUCAUUUCCACGAUCAUCGCUUUACUCAUUUCCACGAUGGGUAGCUAAAUUGGUGUUGCUGCUUCCAUGCUUUCAGUGAUUAGGGAUUAGGAAUCUCACUCUCGCGUUAGUUGUUGUCAUUAAAAUUGAUUCUGAAGGUGAGUUCAUCUGCAGUGAGUUACACAGGCUAUUCAAGCUGUAGGGACUAUCCAAUCUGAAUUUAAAAAAAUAUAUAUAUAUUUGUGCUGAGGUUUUGAAAAUUUUCCAAUUUUGCUUCUUGUUUGGUAGUUCUCCGACUAUGCCUGCAACUCAAAUAGAAGAGCAAGUUUCCUUGAAACUUCUGGUAAAUGAAAAGACCAACAAAGUCAUACUUGCAGAGGCAGGGAAGGACUUUGUGGACAUUCUCUUUAGCUUCUUAACAAUGCCUUUAGGAAACAUCGCCAGACUUGUGCAGGAGUCAGAUAUAGGACCAGUUGGAGUUGGUUGUUUAAGUUCAUUGUAUGCAAGUGUGACAAAUCUUCGCAAGUGUCUGUUGACAGUGACGUGUGAAGAAAUGCUAUUGCGGCCAAGAAACUCAUCGGUAGAAUAUUGUAGGAGUCUGAAACUUAACAUUGAUGAUACUGAGCCAUUGAAGUAUUUCAUGUGUACGAACUUCCCUAGAUGCAGCCAUGGCCUUUUGAGCACUUUCAAAAAUGAAAGAUGCAACUGCGGGAAUCUUUUGGCUCAUGCAGUUUCUGUCAAAAGAGGCGAAGUCUACAAUGGAUUUGUGAAGGAUAUUGCAACUUUUAUUGUCAUGGAUGAUCUAGUUGUCAUUCCAAAUGCAAUGGAUACAAGCUUUGGUGUCUUACAAAAAUGUGGGGUAAAAAGAUUGAGUUCAGUACAAGAGAUGACUGUGAAUAUCACGAAGAAAAAGGUCCUGGAUCUGCUAAAAUGUGCUUUAUUAUCCAAGUCAACUCUGACAGAUUUGUUCUUAGUAAAGGAACCAUUGCUCAAUAAUAAAUCAAGUUUUGAUCCUCCUAUUGUUCAAAACAGUAGUACUAUCCAAAUCAAAGUGAAGGUAGUUAUGAGAAAAUCAGAUGGGAAGGUACUGUUUGCUCAAGGGGAAGAAGAUUUUGCAGACUUCCUUUUUAGUUUUCUCACUUUCCCGUUGGGAGGAGUAGUUCGCAUGUUGGGAGGACAUUCUUCUAUAGGCAGCAUUGAUGGAUUGUACAAUAGCAUAGAUGGCUUUAAUGAAAACAAAUAUUUGGUUGCAAAGGAAAUGAAGAACAGGCUAGUUGAUCCUGUCCUUGCGCCACAGUUCAAAUUAAACCUGCAGAUGUUUCCAAUUCAUGAACAGGCUUCGCCAUAUUAUCGGUAUUAUCAGCGUAGUGGUAAUAUAGACAGAAGUCCUCUCUAUAUAGCUAAUGGAUAUAGGAGUAAUAAUAAGAAUAAUGAAACUUACAAAGUCAUGAAAUUAGUGGAUCUCAAGUCAUCUGGUGGAAGUCUUAAAGGUUAUGUCAAGGGUCCAGCACUGUUCAUGGCAACUGAUGACUUGGUUGUGGAACAAAUGUCACCCAUUUCGGGUGUAUCUUUACUCAAGCGUUUAAAGACACCAAUGAAUGAUGUGGAGGAAAAGAUUGUUACCAUUGGCAUCAAGGAGGGUCUUAGCAUAUUGAAAGCAUCUUUAACCUCAAGAUCAGCUCUAACAAACGGUCUCGGCCACUUGUUAUUGUUACCUGAAGUUAUGGAGCAGAAAUGGUAUCAUUAACAUUAUUUUGUGAUGGCUGUCAAAAUUCUUGCUUUAUUGUGUUCAAAAUUUUCUGGUUUUUUUUUUUUUUGAAUGACUAAAGUUAUUCUGUUUUAUACUAGUUUGAGUGACAUGUAAUAAUUCUCUGCAAGAGCGUUUUUAUUUUCUUUCCUGUUUCGAAGUAUACUUUAUCGUUGGAGAAAAUUAUUUAAGUGGAUAACUAACUACUUUGUAAAACAAUUUUAUUAUAAAAAAAAAUAAGAGAACAAUCUUUGACC